ACACGUGAAGUGUCUCAGUUGGGCUUCAAUUCGCAAGGAAGACUCGAUCCUAUUCACACGUGAUGCUUCUUUUUUUCUAACGAAACGAACUGGAUGUGCGCUGUACAAGUGAUAGGGGUGCAUCGAUGUACAACGCUCCUGUUGAAGGGUCUAAACCCAAUCAACCUCAAGAAAAAAUGGCACAUGGAAACUAGACUAAUCUGGGUGAAGAAUGAUACUAAGCGUGCUGAGUUUUCGUCGUAUGUCGAUGGGGGAGCAAAUUCAGACUGCUCACCACUGCACCGUCGAAACGAACUGCGGUGCCGCGCACCUUGUGUCAUACACCCGCGCGUACGACCAGCGACCUGCACCAAGGUGGUUCUCUCCGACUUCGGCGACUUUUCGGGUACGUACGCUGAGGUCGCCGACACCUCAUACGACAAACAAUACUCUAUGGCGGCUGGGGUGGAAACCUACAGCAUCUACCUAGACAAUGGCGCUUGGAACAUGCAGCCAAUUGAGGCCGUAUACCCCAGAUACCGGACGUACGACGAUGCCUCGAACCCUGCGGACAUCACUCUAGAGUGGGUCGAAUGCGACAACAGCUAUUGUGACUUCGACAUUCCAUCGCCGUCACCAAUUGUCAUCACUUGCUCAGGCACCAAGUAGUGGGUGCUUGGUGAAGUCGCCGUCGAGAAACGAGAGUGGCUCUGCCUGAUGGGCCGGCGUGGGAUAUAUCAAGCCGAAGCGUAUGCCUAGUCUAGCACUCCAAUCCAUCCAAUCGAGUAGGACUGUAGAUCUGACGAAUGAUACGCUCUCCCCCACUCCAAGCACGGCACAGAAAAAUCUUAUUAUCAACGUGUGCACCACAUGUCAGUAUAUAAGGCUUGGGGCACCUUAUCUCGUGUCGGGCAAACACCCUUUUUACAUCAAAGCCUUUCACAUCGCGGUUCUACAUUAUUAUUAUUUUUAUUUUUAUUUUUUUUGCCUUCCGACAAUUGCAGAUGUACCUCAGAAAACUUUCACUUAAUGUCUCAUUCUCUAAAUGAAUAUUAAACCAAUACGAAGUACAACAACAUAUGUAGGACUUAUUUCUACUGUCAUUUACAUCGUAAAAAUAUCUCCUCUUCAACUUGAAAUAAAACCAAUGACAAUCCUCAUGGUAUCCUAUAUGCGUUCGUAGGCUUGCUAAAGUACUACUGCGUUGAUGUCCUCUUGUAAAAGCUGAAAUCCAACAAUGCUUUGAUCCAUGCUACAUCUCCGUGUUGAAAAAGCCCUUCUUCUCCGUUCAUGAUAACAUCUUACCCUAUUCUACGCAAAUCUGUCACAUAGAUACUCUCAAACAAGACGCCAACUUCAAACGGAAACGCGUUCUACGAUGCGUCUACACUCCAUCCCCAUAUCAUUGGCGUUGACUGGUCCGAUGUCGAUCUUGUUCGCCUGUUUNUACAUAUUUCUCAUCAUAUCAAAAGUGCGAUCCACAGUGGGUUAAUCUGUUCGGGGUCAACAACGAACGUAGACUACUGUACACCCUGGGGUUCGUGAUUAGAGGGGACUCUUGAUGAGGAGCUCCGAUAUGAGAGAGUCGAAAUCGGUUGUCACGGACUCGACCAGCCGUAGUAUCGUUCGGUAGUUCCAGUAUUUAGAGGGGGCUCCGAUAGGAGAGGGUCAGGGCCUUGGCCACGCCACCCUCUCAUACAGGAACCUUGUCGCCGUUUCCAGUUCUCACUGCUUGGUUCCCUCGCCGGAGUGUGAAGUAAGAAGUGAGGAUAUGGCUUUUGAUGUUGACAUUGGCUUGCGAAAGGCCCUACCUUACCCUCCCUCAACACGCAUGGCGUACUGAUGACGAGCGCCUUGUUUUGCUCGGUUUCAUCAGAUUCGACCACGGAUUCCUCCGUGGUCACAAGCAUCUCAGACACCGGCAGCGGGGCGACUAGCGGUGAGCCACGGAGUAGUCGAUAAGUAUUUGGUUUCUCCAGCCGAAAAUCGCGCCGCGUCAAUGACGGAUUAUCAAGCCCCCUGUUCGACCCUUGGAUAGCGCCACGCGAAAAUUGCAAGGGUGGUCUUCCAGCCGGGGAGUUGUUGCCAGCACACGCCAACGCCGGGUUUUUAGUGGUUUGUUUAGCUUUGCGGAAAUGGCGAACGAAACGCGUGUUGCCCAAAAUGCGGCCCUCGGCCUCCCCGGUUGUCCGUUCUCUGCGAGCGCCACACAGCGGUAACGGAGGGUCCUCGUUGAGCAACGUAUUGUCGACGUCGUCACCAAAGGGUGUUACAGGGGUAACAGAGGGGUCUUCUUCAUCAAGCGGCGUGUUGCCGACACCGUCACCAGCGGGUGUUGGAGGUAUGAUGGCCUAAUCACGCGC